AAAUUGCCCUUGCGAAAUGAGCCAGCUUCCUCCGAAGAGUCCUUUGGCAUCCCCGGUGUCAGAGGGCACGAAUUCCAGGGUACAGUCUUUGGACGGCUUGUCAAUGGACAGUUUUUGGCUGGAAGUAGAGAACAUUAAACAGAGCGCUGAAGCCGAGCAAGAGGAAUGCAGCCUUGCAGAUGUCAAAACACAAGAGGAGGGAGAAGCUGAAGCCGAGUGGCUCCAGGACGCGGGUCUGUCCGACCUCCUCGGGGACCGUGCCUCGGAAAACGACAACAUUGUGCUGCUCUCCACCCUGACCAAGACCCAGGCUGCUGCUGUGCAGCGGCGGUUGGAUACCUACUCCCGCUCUCGGAGGAGGAAGAACAAGCAUCCUGUGCGUGAUGUCCGAGACAUUUUUGGAGUGGUCAGCUCUGAGGAGACAGCAGCAGAGAAAGAGGAGUCCAGCCCAGAUCAGUUGUGGCACAAUCUACGGACUUCAAAUGUACAGAGAAAAACCCAGGAUUACUCCUGCACAGUUCGAAACCCUGGAAAAGAGGUGGUGUUCAACAUGGAUGUUGCCUACUCGGAGCAAGCGGCUGUCCUGCUUAAGGGAUCGUUCCUGUCUGAAUCUAGAAGGUUAAAGGAUGGAAACGCCCUAACUAAAUUUAAGAUCCCUAAAGGCAGACUAGGAGUGACCAGGAUUGGAGAUCUAUCUGCUCAGGACAUGAAGAAGAUCCCCACGCUGGCCCUGAUUGAACUAACAGCUCUCUGUGAUGUUCUGGGCUUUGAGCUGAAGAGAAACAAGGGAGCAAAACUGAAAACAACAGAGAAAAGACUCUUUGGAGUUCCACUCAACACCCUGUUGGAAAACGACCAAAAGCUGCUCCCCAACACCAAGGUCCCUCUGUUACUCCAGGCACUGCUGUCCUGCUUGGAAAAACGAGGACUUGAAACAGAGGGCAUUUUGAGAGUUUCUGGGUCCCAGACCAGAAUCAAGAGUCUGGAACAGAAGCUAGAAAGGGACUUCUAUACCGGUCUUUUCCGCUGGGAUGAAGUCCACCAGAAUGAUGUAUCUGGGCUACUGAAAAGAUUCAUAAGAGAGCUGCCGGCCCCACUGCUGACAGCAGAGUACCUCCCUGCUUUUGCUGCUGUACAAAACAUUCCAGACCUGAAGCAAAGAUUGCAAGCUCUAAACCUCCUGAUCCUGAUUCUGCCAGAGCCCAACAGAAACACUCUAAAGGCUCUACUUGAAUUUCUCAGCAAAGUGGUUGCCAGGGAGAACAACAACAAAAUGAACCUCUGGAACGUUUCCACAGUCAUGGCCCCAAACCUCUUCAUGCACAAGGGGCUGCCAAACAAGAUCCCCGAAGGGAAGGAGAAGCAGCUGGCAGAGGGGGCGGCUGACAUUGUGCGGAUGAUGAUCCAUUACCAGGAUUUGCUCUGGACAGUCUCCUCUUUUCUGGUAGCUCAAGUGAGAAAGCUGAAUGAGAGCAAUAGCAAAAGGUACCAGUUUUGUGACAAGCGAAUUAAAAACUUGUUGCGGAAGAUUCAUGCUGAUAAAGACAAGGUGGAAAAGAACCAGGCAGAGCCUUCCAAGGUUGUGAAAGUCCAUGCUUCGCUUCUCCUGAAGGAUUCGCUAGAGGUGCAUUUGAACAAUGCAACCAGAGUUGCUGAUGUCUUGAGGCAGUUUCAGAAGAACCUGAGCCAGAAUGGCUGGAAUAUUGUUAACACUGUCAACCUCCUCAAGUGUAACAACUCAAUGGAGUGCACAAACUUGCUCCUGUAUGAAGUGGGAGGCAAUAUUGGUGAACGUUGCCUGGACCCAGACACUUACCUCUUAGACUUGUACCACAUCAAUCCCCAUGCUGAGUGGAUAAUUAAGCAAAACCCAUCUUAUCCUCGGAUGUUCUAAGGAAAGCAUGAGCAAAACGAAGCAUUUGAUGGAAGUUUUUGGAAGGCAUGGAAAAGCUAUAGAGGUGUUCCUGGUAUAG